AAGGCAUCUUCUUGUCCAGCACUGAUGCCCUAGCAUCAGACAUGUCUAGAAGUGAGAGCCAGCCCUUUCCGUCUGUUUCACCAGAGCAAGAUAAAGAGAAUGUGUGACGCAGUGAUGCAAGAUUUUCCUAACCAAACAUCCCAUAAUGUUCAGCAUGAGGACUCAACAAAAAUUUCAAGCAUAUACAACUACUUCAGUGCAAACCCCUCAGAUCCACAAAAGGCCUGUAAGUCACAUUCAAAUUCAACCACAUAACAGUACUUAUAUUAUUUAUUGAUACAUCAUAAAAGUUAUUUCCAUGGCCAAAAUGAGCAAAGCAGUGUUUAAUUCAUUCUUUACUGUUAACAGCCAAUCAUUGUGAGCUGUGGGCAGGACCAGACAUUUUUACAUUUUAGUCAUUUAACAGGCGCUCUUAUCCAGAGCGACUUACAGUUAGUGAGUGCAUACAUUUUUCAUACUGGCCCCCGUGGGAAUCGAACCCACAACCCUGGCAUUACAAGCGCCAUGCUCUACCAAUUGAGCUACAGGAGGCUGGGGAUGGAUGGAAUAUCAAUCCAGAACCUCUCAGCCAGGUCACACAUCUCUGCCGUUCCAACAGAUAUAUCAAUCUUUUGAUUCAUAUGGCCAUUUUGGUUGGUUUAGUUGAAUUGAUAAUCAUUCAAUCGAGAUGCUAAAGAUUCCUUUACUAUGGAAGGUCUUUAUCUCCACCCCUAAUGUUAUUGGAGUUGCAUUUAUUGCAUUUCAAUACACUUGCAUUUUCAGUUACCCAUGUAUUACUCACUACUUGUAAACCAUGUUGGUGCCACUUUAUUCUAUGGCUGCCAUGAGUACAUGCCUUUCGCUGUCUCCUCAGUCUGGAAGGGUGACUCGGCUGAUAGAGAGAAAUUAUGAUGAGGUGAUCUCGUCCUCCAACUCCGAUGACAUUUCCAUUGACUCCUUCACUGAGUGUGAAUCUGAGGUAAGAGUUGUACCGUACCGUCCAUGUCUUUGUUGAGUGACAUCACUGUGAGGAGGAUGGUCUCUGACUAGCUGACUCUGAUACACAGUGUGAUGAUGAGGAUCAUGAAAGGAGGACACCACUGCUGAAAGUUAAGGAUGAGGAGGAUGGAAAGGUGGCAAAGCUUGAAGUGAGGGAUAUGGUAGAGGACGACGAUCUGUCUCUCCACUCCUUCGAUGAGUCAGACUUCCUGCGUGAUGAUGGCAAUGAUGCCUCUACUGACGACUUUCCAGAGCCUCCAAAGGAACCACAAGUUCCACUGAAGGACCAUCAACUGGUAGGCGUCUCUUACAUUUGUUUGUGUUUGUGUGUGUGUGUGUGUGUCACAUCUCAAUGGUUUGACCCUUUGUCUGUACAGAUUAUUGUGGCCAAGCACAACAUCCCCCUCCCUGCCUCUGUGAGUGCCCUGAAUAAGGCGUCACGCCAGAUGGAGGUGGUCCCCACUGUCCGGCCCUGCAGGGAGCAACUGGACAAGAACACACCAUGGACCAACACCAACAAGGAGAGCCUGAGGAGGAUCGAAGAAAACCUGACCUCCAUAGUGCUCAACCUAGAGGAAGGCCUGAAGAAUGUCAAUGACGGUCAGGAUAUCAACCAAGAGAGGCAGAAGAAGAAUGAGGGAUGCUGUAGAGGAUGGAUUGCGAAGUGGAUGGGGUGGAGGAAGAAGGAGAGACUCAGGAAUGAAGACGUGGAUAGGGAGGUCAAAAAGAGGAUGGGCGAGGAGGUGAGGGCACUGAUCCAAGUGACGAAGAGAAACUGCAGCAAAGGUGAUCUUAAGGCAGUAGACCUGAACAAUUGGCUGAAUGACUUGGAGAGGUUGAAAGUGGCAUUCAAGAAAUGCACUGGAGAGAUGGCCGAAAUGAUAGACAGCAUGGCAGAAAUGCAGACCAGCAUAGCCAAGAACAGGCUCCUCAAGCCUGAAAAAAAUAACUAUGUCCAGAGCUUUAGCCCAGGGAAGGUCUCUGGUCCUGUGUCUGGCAAGACUGGCCUCUCUCCUCUUGUGACCUCAGCACCACGGACCCUGGCUGAAGCCCUACGGGCCCUUCCCUCUGCUAUGGCCCCUCCCUCCCCAGAGAAUGUCCCAAUGCCUCUGACUCCUCUCAGCCCUGUCAUUAUCGCUCUGCCAGCUACAGAGAACUUCCCAUACCGCCGCAGCCCUCGCCUGGCCCCCAUCACCAACCUGAGUGAGACUGGCAGGAAGCUGCUCCAAGAAAUGGCGCAGGAAAUGGCAGGAGUGGCCCCACAGGAAGGGAAGAUCAAUAAGAAAAAGAAGGGCAAGGCCAAAAAACGAGUGAAGCAAGAGAAGGCCAAUAAGAUGCAACAGAUGGAAAAUGUUGGAGAAAGUAAGGAGGAGGACAAGAAAGAGGAAAAGAAGAGUCUGAGGAAGAGGUGAGGAAAUAAAUGAGGGAGAAGUGGAAUAUAAACAGGGAAUACUAGACUAGAGAAUUAGAGAAAUAGAAUGAGGUAGCAGAGAAAGAGCAGCUGUCUGAUGUGUUAAUGCAAACUUAAGCAAUAAGG